AUGCCAACAAAAAUAGUUGUUUUGGGAGCAGGAAUCAUUGGAAUCUCAUCUGCCUUAGCUAUUCAAGAAGCAUUUGACAAAGAUGUUCAAGUAACAAUUAUUGCUGAAAAUGUUUCACCAAAUACAACAAGUGACGUGGCUGCUGGACUUAUUGAACCAGCUGAAGGAAAACGAGCCAAGUAAGUUUGAAUGAAAAACUUCAAUUUUUUGAAAUUUUUAAGGGAAUGGGGAAGAUUAACCAUAAAUCGAAUCAAAGAAUAUAUAAAUGAAGGAAAUUUGGGAGCUGGUGAAAUAUCUGGAUAUUGGAUGCAAAGUAAACAAGAACAUCCAGAAUGGUUAGAUCUUAUGAAAAAUGUGAGAGUGUUGUCAAAUUCUGAAGUUACUGAAAUCGCUAAACGUCCCCAACAUAAAUUUGGGUUAUUUUAUACAACUUGGUAUUUGGAACCGACUAGAUAUAUUGAUUACUGUACUAAAAAAAUUAUGGAGAAUGGAGCAAAGAUCAUCCAAAGAAAAAUCGAGAAUAUUGAUGAACUUGGAAAUGAUUUUGAUGUUAUUGUGAAUUGUACAGGUCUUGGAUCAAGAGUUCUUUUCAAUGAUGAAACAAUUCGACCAUGUCGAGGACAAAUUGUUCGAGUUUCUUGUCCACAAGUUCGACACUUCUUUAUGGACGAUGAUUAUUAUACUCUCAUCAAGUUAGUUAAGAAAAUUCGGAUCUGAAUAUAUUUGUCAAAUUUCAUCUGAAAUUCAAAUUUUUUUUCGAUAAUUCUUUGUUCUAAAAUUUUCUGAUUCUCAGUUGUAAUGUUUUCUUUUGCAACUAGGUUUUCUAAAAAUAUCUCCUUUUUCCAGUGACAAUUGUUUGAUUUUGGGUCGCACGAAAGAUAUGGAUUGUUGGGAUUUAACAAUUGAUAAGAAAUCCGCUGAUAAAAUUAUCGAAGGCAAUUGUAUCAAUAUUCCCUCACUUUCCAAUGCCAAAAUUGUGUCUCAUAAUGUUGGACUUCGACCAUGGAGAACAUCUGUGAAAUUAGAAAAAGAGAUAGGAAAGAACAAUACUCCAAUAAUCCAUAAUUAUGGACAUGGUGGAAAUGGAAUUUCACUUCAUUGGGGAUGUGCUCUUGAAGUUGCUCAACUUGUAAAAUCUAUUCUAGUAUAG